AUGUUGUUGAAAUCAAAUCAAUUCUCACCUAGUCCCACUCAUAAACCAUUUUUAUUGUAUUCAAACACUUUACUCUUUCUUGAACAAUCAAAUUUCUCCAGCAGGCCAACAAUAUCUCAUCACCUUGAAUAUUACUUGAAGUCGUUGCAUUCUCAUCAUGAUCAUGAAUUACGCCUACCCUGUAGAUCCGAAUUUGUUCUAAUUAACAAACAGAACGACAAAUUCGGUUCUAGAGAGGUUUGUGUAUCAUGGAAUUUCAACAUGAACAAAAUUUACGAGAUGAACACUAAUGAUCCCAUGAGGAUAAGACAGAAUGCUGAUGGAGUGAAUGUCAAAUUAUCAUCACAAACUAAAGGGGGAAAGAGAAGAAGCCCGCAGCCGAUGAGAGAAAAGAAGGAAAAAAUUAUGAAUUACAUUACUUGA